GGGAACCAUCUAGUUCUUCUCAGACUCUUGCCACAGACACAAGGUUCAGAUUUCCCUUUACACCGACACAUCGAAAUCGAAAUGGAUGAGCUUCCGCCAGAACAAAUCGCCGUCCUCCGCAAGGCUUUCGAGGCUUUCGAUAACCAAAAGUCCGGAAGCAUCCCUUGCGACAUGGUGUCGGACAUUCUGCGUCUCAUGGGGCAACCUUUCGAUAAGAAAAUCUUGGAAGAACUCAUCGAGGAAGUAGAUGCUGAUAAGUCUGGGCGUUUGGAGUUCGAGGAGUUCGUGACGUUGGCGGCUAAGUUCAUCGUUGAGGAGGACGAUGAGGCAAUGCAGAAGGAGUUGAAGGAAGCGUUCAGGCUUUAUGAUAAAGAGGGUAACGGGUAUAUUCCGACUACGUGCCUUCGCGAGAUCCUGAGGGAACUCGAUGACCAACUUACGGAUAAAGAGUUGGAUAUGAUGAUUGAAGAAAUCGAUACCGACGGUUCUGGAACCGUGGAUUUCGAUGAAUUCAUGGAGAUGAUGACUGGUGAAGUUUAAACGCGCAACAUCUACUUUCUACAGUGCAUUUUAUUUGUUAAGGAAAAAAAAACUAUGUUGUGAACGAAGUGUUACAUAAGAUUUUAUUUUAAUUACAAUAUAUUUGUAUUUAUUUCAUAAAUAAAUUUAUUGACUUUA